UCUGCGUAUACGUGCAGGAUCGAGCCCAAAAUAAAUUUGGCACCUUACUAUUACGAGGGGAGUUCGCACACAAAUUUUUAGCCCGAUUAAUAAAAGUCUCUUAGAGAUAAUCGUGAAACACGAAAAUUUUUAUUCAAAAAACACGCAAAAAUUGAACAAAUUGUGCCCGCAUUUCAAAAAAACGUUGACGAUCGGAAUAAAAAAUUUGGUCACUUAAAUCAUCACCAAAAGAAUCAUAGUACUUGAUUUUAUUGUUACAAAUAUUCCUACCGAAGUCAAGGAAUCAUUUACAUCUUCAUCUAUCUUCUACAUAAUCAUAAAUCACUAUUUAUUGAUAACACGUAGUUAACCUUUUAUAAGAUAAUAUAAUUAGGAUAACACAACGAACAGACAAGCUAAAAUUUGUGUUAACUGCUCGAGUGCACAAGGCAAAGUAAGCGCCGCCACCGCACAGCAACGUCGGUGCUGGCUGUCUCGCGGCAUAGAGAGGGGAGCGUUGAGCUACGUAGCUCUGCUUUGGGUCUGCUGUCCUCUAGCGAGCAGAAAUCUACAUCUGCUCGUUCACACCCAACACUCCCUCUCGAGCAGAUUUCUCUUGCUCGGAAUAGACUGCAUCCAGUCUGUGCAGUACUAUUUGUAUUGUCUUCUGAAAGGAAGCAAAAAUUAUGGUUAAAGUCAGCCUUGCAUGAAAUUUAAAAGGAAAGUCCUUGUGAAUAUGCUGGCCAUUCAUUCCUUUCAGAAAUCGAUCGGCAUCUUAAAUUUAAUUCAAGCCAUCCAGCUAAUUUUAAUCAAAUUUAUGUCCAUAUGUUCCCAAGCAUAAUAUUCUUCAUAUCAUAUGCUUCAGCUUUAUAAUGCAACUCGCUUGUUGACUAGCCUUAGAGACAUCAUCAUCCUAGACAGUCGUGGGCAAGAAGAAUAUUCAGAAAUCAGAUUAAGCUAGUAGAAUAUUUCAAAUUCAAACUUAGAGAAUUUUAGAUAUGCUAUCACACUAGGGCUACGCACUCUGCUUAACAAGAUUACAAAGCUGUGUAAGACAGCGAUGCGUUCUUUACUCAUCACUAACUGUAUCACGGUACAAUUUGAUUACAAGUCCAUUUGUAAAAUUUGAGCAGAUACGGACAGCAAGACUAGCAUCUAAAAAGUCCUCGUGAUUAUCCAACUUUCCUUUAAUCUUUGAGACCCAGACCUCUAAUAUGUUUUGAUCGUUGUUGUUGAUAAGCUUGUUUCACUCCAAGGAUUUAUGGUAUACACCAUGCCAAAUCGAAGACCUUUGGUAGUGACUGAGAAUCUAUAUCUUUCCUGUAGAAAAACUAACUUGUUUAAUGUGUUUUCGAGCUAAGUUUUGUUUUCACUUUUGUCACAGUUCAUUUUAAUACCCAGGUAAAUGUCCAAAUUUUCAUUUCUAUCUCAAACUGUAAUUUAAUUUAAUCCACCUUAAUUAUGUCAUUACUGAUUAAUUUACAACUUUAACUUAACUUUAUCCAACUUGUUUAUGUCAUUUCUGGUCAUCACUAUCAUCUUGAUAAAUAAGUAUUUCAAAUAUUUGUCUCUUUGGCCAAGAAAAUAAACAAGAUUUUUACAUGAAGCUUUUGGACUUGAAUUAUUUUAUUAAAUGUUGCAAGGCACAUCAAAUCUUACAAAGUUAAUUUUGCCUAGUUUCAGUUGAACAGUAAAUACUCGCAGUAUUUCUAUGUAUGCUAAUACUAAUCAGAAUAGUUUUAAACACUCAAUUGUAAUGCAUAUGUUUGACUUCUAUUAUGAGUUUUUAUCUUUGAAACAUUUUAUUAAAAACCGAACUUUUUCACUGGCAUUAUUGUUUAAUCUAACUUUCUUUUUCAGUUUUCAUUUUGAAAUAAUGAUAUUUGGCUUUUGUCUUUCGCGCUUAAGGUGGGGUUCUGGGGAAUUUUCUAACUUUUUUAUAUUAUAGUCUCAUUUUCUAAAACUUUGUAGUUAUAUUCGGUAUAAAAAAAGAGGAAGAUUUGUAAAUUUUGAGCCAUAUAUAUAGUAUAUUUUUCAAGUUAUUGCAAAUAAAUAGUUUAAAAUUAGGUAAAUAUUAUUGUAUAACUUUUACGCUCCAGUUAAAGUUCAAAAUUUGAAUUACUAUUAUAAGUGUAAUGUCAUCUCAGCAAUGCCGUUAUUUACAGGUAAACAUUAGAGUUGGUGAACUUUAAUUUAACUUCAAACUUAUUAAUACAUCUGACAUAUAGCUACACCGAAAAUAACACAUUAUUCGAGCUUUUGAGAAGGCCAAUUUUAAUCAAAUUCUGCAAGGAACGCUUUCUUUUCGUUAAUCCAGCAACGUUUAUCAUAUGCUGCGUUCAUAGGGCACAUGUUCUCGAGCUACAUUUUAUACAGAUAUUAUGUAUCUUCAAUCUAAGAUAUGAACUCUAUAUUUUCUUUGAAUGUGUCACUGAACAAACAUUGUUAAAUGUAUCUACAAUACAAAGUAAAAAUCAUCAAUUCAAUAAAAAUUAUUAAAAAUAAAAUCGAUCAAGCUUUUCAUGAUUAUAUGUAUGUACCAAAUUUUCUGACUUGACUAAAUUAAUUUUACCAAUUUACAAUCUCUGCUUCAAAAGAAAUUAACUUAUUCAAAAUAUUUAUUUCAAGUCUCAAUGAAUUAUCAAAGUUUGAAUAGCUAGAGCAUAUAGCUCAUUGCUAUAUCUAAUUUAGCAUCCAAAGUAAUUUGUAUAAAUUUAUCAGACUUAUUGCUUUUAUGAACCUCAUAAAAUUUUAUUUAUUUUCAAGCUUAGAAAUUUGCUCUUUAGUUUCAAGCUGAUUUUGUCGAUUGUUCACUUGCUUGUUAUAUAUUGGACCUAUAAUCGAGCAAUUAACUUAGAGCCUAUUUUUCUUAAUAGAGUUUAUACUUUUGUUAAAUACGUACAUCACACUGAGAUAAACUAUGCAACAAUUUCAUUUAUUUUAAGCUGUUUUCUUUUUCCAUUCCAACUGUUUGUUUUAUAUACUAUCAUCCAGUGUAGAUAUUUAUGCAUUCCAGAGAUUAAAGUUCUUUUAAAUAUAAGAUCUAAAAUAUCAAUGAUCCUGCUACCUAAACGGAUACUUAAUCCCUUAUUAAAAGAAUUUUCUUACACACGAUAAUUUUCCAGAUAAUGACUUGACAGAUUAUGUUGUUUAGACUUAAUUGAACAAUCAUCAGUAGCGUAACUCGGACCGUUACUUACGUCUUCUGAAUUUAUAAUCACGGAAGUAUACAAAUUCGCACAUUAAAUAUCAAGCUUUUCAGUAUCAUCAUUGAUUUAAAAAUCAAUUUCGAGUUGAUAUGUGCACUACACUACUUCUUAAUUUUCCAACGAGUUAACUAGAAAUCAGAUUUGGAUUUUAGAACGAGAAUACUCGUUAUUGGUCUCGGUCUUGACUUCUAUCAAACUCAGACCUCUCAAUCUUAUUACAGCCUGAUACGCUAUAAAUUUUACAUUUCGUAUUUCGAAUAUAAUGACCACGCCGACUAUAACGAAUACGAGAAAUCGAGCUUUUUCUGACUUUCAUAUUCUUAUACAAACUUUUCGAGCUGAGCUUUUCGGAUGAAGGUAACCAUAACGAACAUGCAUUUUACAUCCUUAAAAUCCUUAAAUUAUAUAUGAAUCCAAAGCACAUCUUCAUUACUUCGUGCAUUUAUUUAUGCUUGUGGUGCCCUUCACUGUCGUAAUAGUAAAUCAUCCUACCUACCUGAAAAUAUUUGGUUUGUUUAAGCUGAAACAACGUCAUCUCUCUGUCUAGCUUACACUCUCAACUUCUCUCGAAGUAUUUCCUGUUAAAUAUUGUAAGCAGAAACAGCAAGUUGUUUGAAAGAAUUUGUUAAUCUAGUCAAAAAUAAAUUGAAUAAAAAGGUUAAAAAAUUAUGCUGUGAUAAUGGCAAAGAAUAUUUGAAUCGAGAAAUUUAUGAUUUUGUAGAAUCAAAAUAGAAUUAUUGCCAUGUCCACCCUACGUCCAUAAAUUAAAUGGAGUAGCGGAAAGAUAUAAUAGAUCCGCAAUGGAUAUGAGCAGAUGUUUAAUGAGAGAAGCCAAAAUUCACAGAAGAUAUUGGCCCGAAAUAAUGAAAACAUUAGCGUACUUAAAAAAUCGUACAAUUGCAAAUACAGUGGAAAAUAAAACUCCUUACGAGAUAUUUUUUGAAAAAAGCCUAAUGUAGAUGAUUUAAAAAUUUAUGGAAGUCGAGUUUCUGUAAGAGUUACAGAAGCAUUGAGAAAAAGCAAAUGGGAUGAUAAAGCCCAACUAGGAGUACUAGUAGGUUAUGUAGAAAAUGGUUAUAAAGUUUUAGUAAAUGGUAGAGUCAUUUAUGCUAGACAUGUUCAAGUAGUCGAAGAGAAUACUCAAUCAAUUUGUUUAGAAAAACUCGAUGACGAAAAAGAUAGAGAUUUGGAAAAUUGCGAAUCUGAAAAUAAAGAAAAAGAAAUAUUGGAAAAUGAAUCCAAAACUAGUGAAAACGAUGUAGAGUCACGUAGAGAUAACAAAACGGAUUUCGAAAAUGUUAUAAACAAUUAUGAAAGCGACGAUGAUUUGAAUACUGUAGAAAAUAAAAGCAAAGAAAACUUGAUUGUAAACAGAAAAUUAGAAAGAAAGAAAAGUCCUGUAAAUAGAUUUGGAAAUCCAAUAUCACAUUUUAUCUAUGUUCACUAUGUUGAUGCAAAUGUACCGAAUACAUUUGGGGAGGCUUUAAACUUCAGUGAUUAUAAACAAUGGAAAAUUACGUGGCAGAUAGUUGAAAGACCAAAAGAUAAAGAAGUCAUCGAUGUAAAAUAGGUUUACCAAAGGAAAAACAAUAAUGUUUAUAAAUCCAGAUUAGUUGUAAGAGGAUUUCAACAAAGAGAAUAUUUAGAAAGUGGUUAUUCACCAGUAGGAAAAAUGCAAACUUUGAAAAUUUUAUUGUCUUACAGUUGUAAAAACAAUUUAUUUAUAGAACAAAUGAAUGUUGAAACAGCUUUCUUGAACGGUUUGAAUUUCUGAAUCGGAAAUCGAGAGGAGCGAAAAAGGUCGUUUUCGCCCCUAGGGGGCUAUUUUAUUCUAUUUUACACAUCACCCAGUUUACUCCUUCAAUGUAGGCUCAGACGGAAAGUUUUGUGUACUUUUCAAUGGCUUGAAACGGUCACGACUCUUCUCGGUCCGUAGCACGUAUGAGAUUUUAAAUUUUAGAGAAGAGCAGUAAUCAUUUACUGAUCUACGUCCGAAUUUUGACAACAAAUCAUAAAGUUCUAGUCCUUUUCUUUCUAUUAUUUUUUUUAAUUUCCUUAGCAUCUGCUUUAACCCUGUCGCAUUAUUUGCCACCAUCACUACGUCAUCUGCAUAUGAAAUUGACCAGAAUUUAUUUUUUUCUAAUACUAUCCCUCCUUUAUGUACUUUACUCAAGUCUUUCUCUCUGUCCGCCAUUGCUACAUUGAAGAGUGUUAGGAUUAACGAGCACCCUUGUCUUACCCCUUUGUGUAGCUAAAACCCUUCUAUCUUUUCCUCUCCUAUUCUGACUUCGCUCCUUGUACCUUUGUACAAUUUCUUUACCCUAUUCCUUAUUCUGCCAUUUAUCCCUAGCUUUUUCAUCAUUUCCUAAACCUCUUUUCUGUUUAUCUUGUCAAAGGCGGCUUUCAUAUCUGCAAAAAACGCGUACACUUUACCUUCUUUCUUAUCUAGAUCAUUUUCUAUUGCCUUGCUAAAAAUAAAAAUAGCAUCUGCUGUCCCUCUCCCUUUUCUGAACCCAUUUGUGUGUCGUCAAGUAAUUCCUUUCCCUCUAAUUCCUUUUCCAUCUUUUCCCUUAUUAUUUCUGCGUAUAAUUUAUACCCCCUGUCCAUGAGAGUUAUCCCUCUGUAGUUCUUUGCUUCCUCCUUCUUCCCUUUCUUGAAGAGCGGGGUUAUCCUACCGUUUUCCGUUCUUAUGGUACUAUUGCCCUUUUCAAUAUUUUAUUUAGUAUAUUAAUUAUUUCUUCUAUUACCUGUUCUCCCCCGUGUAUCUAUACCUCAUUUUGUAGACCGUCUGCUCCUGAUGCUUUUUCCUUCUUCAUUUUGCUAAUUGCCUUCCUCACCUCGUAUUCGGAUAUAAUUUUUUCUUCUUCCUCGUCUUUCUCUUGUAUACAUGUGGGGGCUCCCGCCGACCACCACCGGAGCCACCGACGGAAACAGCGCCUGGUCCCCAGGCCCGACUUCACUUAAGCAGUCGCGCUUUCCGGCCACCACCGCUCCGCGGCGCCCCCUCCGAGCCGCCACGAUGGGUGGCGAUCAGGCGACGCGGCGGGGCUCGAGCGCCAUGUUAGAACGAGAGAACGCUCUGGUGCUUCGAACGAGCGACACGCAUCAGAGCUUAUAAGGGAGAGAGAGUUUGAGCUAAAUAAAGAGUCUUAUAUUUUAUUAAAUUGACUCCACAUUUAUUACGACACCCUAUCGAGCCGGCGAGUUAUCUGCGAACCUGGAGAAUCCCGAUUCGCACCCGUUUCCAAAGUGGUGACCCCGAGAAGAACAUCAACCGACGCCAAGCGGAGCAGCCAUCUUGGGACUUUGGCAUCCCUCACCAACGCAGCCGAAAACCGGAGCCCACCUGCAGUACGGCCCCGGAGAUCUGCAGCGCUUCCUGGCCCAACCUCGCCGACUCCAAAUCAUCGCUACACGCCCCAUCUACAGCCAGCAACCCGAGGACGCCCAGCACCAGCCCCUUUACAGCGAACGUGCCUGGGCCUCUCCUCCAGCUCCAGCGGCAGCAGCACGAGCAGCGCGCCCGCAGCCUUCGCCGAGCAACGACAUCGCAUCAGCGUAAGGUUUCGCUAGCACCAGGUAUCGUAUUGCCUUUCCUUUUUUUCCACCGACGGCGCGCGACGACGAGUCGCUCUUUUUCGCCAGUCCCGCGCGCGUGAAGGAAGCAAUAAUCGCCGGAGCGAGUCGCUCUCUCUUCGCUCCGCGCGCAAUACCUGGUGCACGCGGCCGCACAUCAUCGCCGCGACGCGCGUGCCGCUGAGCACACUCAGAAAUCUCUCUCUCCGCGCCCGCUCACGACCUUGCUCCGAACGCUCAAGGUCAAGGCCGUUCGAGCCGCGCAACAGAAGCCCGCGCAUUUUAGCCGCCAUUUUUCUUUCCGCUCGCUCUCUCUCGCGCGCGCUCCGCAUAGCCGUGCAGAGCGGCGGCCAUCUUGUUUUCGCUCUCUCUCCAGCGUUCGCUCGCUGCCUCGCCCCGCGCGCCGCGACCGAGGUCCGCUUGAGCAAACGCACGCCGCGUCGGUCCGUUGUGUACGACGCGGCCAUCCUUUUUUUUUUCCCACGUUACCAUCGUGCGCGCUCGCCGCCUCCCAACGCGCGCGUGGUCGAGGCCGCUAGAGCAGGCGUGCGUCGCGGUCGCUUCGCCCUCGUCACGAGUGGCCGUCCGCUUCGUAGAGUGUGGAGCAGCGCCCCGCGCGCGUCUCGCUGGCUCCACUCCCUUCUGUCGUGCGCCAGCGGCAAGCCCGCACAGCCCGCCACACCGCGGUGCUCCGAGCGCACAACACCAGUCCGCGUAGCGAAUCUCGUGCCGCUCCGCGGGCAGCCGCACGCCGCGCACUAAAUUUCUCCGCGCGUAGCUCGCCCGACGAUUCGAUGCUGCACAGCCCAGUGCCUGGACAGCAGUCCGCCAACGGCCAAAAUAUGUUGCUCGCUCAGCAGAACUUCGAGCUUAACGCUCCGCCGCACGGCGCGGCUAAUAACGAGCAGCAGCAGCCUCACAACAGGCUCCAGCAAAAUCGCGCGUUGAUCGAGGACGACGACGCGAACGGCGUCGAGGCGAUCUCUAAAUGCUCCCUUCCUAAUUAUUGGAGUUUUAACCCCAGAUUGUGGUUUGCACAGGCGGAGUCGGCGUUCCAGUCCAACAGAACCAUCAAAGACAGCAGCCGCUACAACCUCCUCGUCUCGAACCUGCCACCAGAAGUAGCGCAGGAGGUCUCCGACAUUAUCCUGGCACCACCAGCAGAGCACCGCUAUGAGACCUUGAAGGCAGCGGUAAUCUCACGCCUCGCAGCAUCGGCCGACCAGCAACUCCAUCAGCUCCUCAACGAGGUGCAACUCGGUGACCGCACGCCUUCCCAGCUGCUUCGGUACAUGCGCCGCCUGGCCGGAAACGCCAUCUCCGACGAGGCGCUACGCAUCAGAUGGCUCGACCUGCUUCCAUCCCAGGCCAGCCGCAUGUGCCGCGUGCUCAGGACGCCCACGCUGGACGAGCUCGCCACGCUCGCCGACGAACUCGUCGCGCCAACCCCAUCAGUCAGCGCAGUCUCGCGCCCCAGCUCGCCAGCAUCGAGCGGCAUCGUUUCUGGUACCACCACGCCGCUCCCACAACACGAGGUUGUCUCGCUCCGUCUCGCCAUGUCGCAAAUUUCGGCCACGCUGCAGCAGCAGUCGCUCGUCCUGCAGUCAGUACUGACGGCGCUCGCAACGAAACAACAACAGCAACAACAGCAACCGCAGACGCAGAGGCGCAGCCGCUCGCGCACGCCCGUCAGCCAGCGCCAGCCACGGAGCGCGUCGCAACCAUCGUCCACCGCAAACCCAGCAUGGUGCUGGUAUCAUCGGAGAUUCGGAAGCGAGGCAACGCAGUGCAGGCCUCCAUGCUCCUACCCGACGCAGGGAAACUGUUAGCGCCGCCGCCCCCGCAGGCAGCCGCGGUUGGUGCUAACGACGAACAGCGCCUGCACGUCCUCGACCGCUCGUCUGGACUUCGCUUCCUCGUCGACACGGGCUCAGCCGUUUCGC